AUUAUUGCGGCUUUAUUUUCUGUGCUCACAUUAAUUUUUUGUGAUAUACGCUUGCUUUUUUCGUAGAAUUUUGCUUUUGAAAAAGCAUAUUAGCAUAACUAAACGUGUUAAAAACCACCUUAAAAGUAUAAAACUUUAAAAGUUUUAUACAUUUUUCGCGAAGUGCAUAAGAAGAAACGCGACGCGAUUACAUGAGGCGUCUGAGAAAACCAUCCGCAAAAGGCAAAAGUGGUGAAGACUCGACAACGGCGGCUAGUGCAUCUUCAAGUGAUAUUCAUAUUUCCAACGAAAAUACCUCCCAAGAGGAUAGUGCGACGCAUGGUACCACAACAAAAAUACUGGAAAAUAUAUCGCCCACCACCACUUCAAAAACGUUGGUGACAACGACACCAACCAAAUCCUCAAAGUCGUCACGACGCAACGCAAUGGAUACAACAAAUGGCGGCGGCGGUGGGAGCAGUGGUGGCAGCCCAACAAACAGUCUCAUCAGUUCGGAUGUGUUCAAGCAUUUUGAAAAAUCGGGAAAGAGUGAAUUUUUGAAAUAUUUAAAACAACAUGUUCGCGACAAUGAAAGUCCAUAUAUGGGAGCCAAGAGUGAUUUUAAAUUUGGUGUCUCCAGUGCCAUAUAUGAUCUAUUGUGGCAGGGUGUUCGCUGUAACCUGAAAAAGGAUACCGUCUUGAAUACACUCGGUGAUGUGGUGCCCCUUCAUGAAGACUUUCCUUCCCUGAUUUUGGAUGUGGUGAAUGUUUUGGACGCCGAAACCUCUCUGAUGACAGAUGGCAUACAAGAAGAGCGUUUAAUGUUCUGUCAAAUUCUGAAGGAUUUGGAAAAGGUUAUACCGGAUAAAUUGAUCAAAGAAAGACUGGAAAUCGAUACACUUCAGGAAGUUGGUAUCGUCAAGAAUAAAGUGUUCUAUACGAAAUUUAUUAAAAUUAAAACAAAAUUAUACUACAAACAACGACGUUUUAAUCUGUUCCGUGAGGAAAGUGAAGGCUAUGCCAAGCUCAUAACGGAAUUAAAUCAAGAAUUCGAGGAUGAUGUUACCUCCGAUAGCAUUAUGGAUAUAAUUAAAUCUUUGAUUGGUUGCUUUAAUUUGGAUCCAAAUCGUGUUUUGGAUAUCAUUUUGGAAUCCUUUGAAUCGCGACCAGAACGUUGGCAGUUAUUUAUACCCCUGCUGAGGGCCUACAUGCCCAAUGGCACAAUUAUUUGUGAAGUUUUGGGUUAUAAAUUUCGUUAUUUUGCCGAUGGAAAAACACCACGAUCAUUAUUUCAUGUCUGUUCAUUGUUAUUGAAAUAUGGUGUGAUAGAUUUAAAUGAUAUCUAUGUGUGGCUUUCGCCAACUGAUUGUGCCAUCACCAGUGAGUGGGAACAGGAUUUGGCCGAUGCCAAGGAAUUUGUGCGCAAAAUGAAUGUCAUUGUUACCAACAAGGAUAAAGAACCCGCCGAACCAGAACCUGAAAAGGAAUAUAAUUUAGAAAAAUAUCUUGCCAAUCAAAAAUUUGGUUUAUGUGAAGGUCUGCUCAAAGUAGGCGACUGGGAGAAUGCCCUGAAAAUCAUUAAAAAGCUACCCGAACAAUGUGUGGUGGUACAUGAGCCAAUUGCACGCGCUUUAGCCGAACUAAUACACAUCAGUAUCGAUCAGCUGUAUCGUACAAAAUGUUUUAAAAUCUCCCCUGCGGCAACACUGCAAAAGCGUCGCCUAGCCGACGAUUCAAAGCUAUUACAAAAAAUACGCGCCAAAGAUUUUAGUGAUUUGAGAAGUUAUGUCAUUCCAAUGGUUAUAGCAUUGGGUCCAUCAUUACACUAUGACACUGUGCUUAUGUAUAAAUUAAUACGUAUUAUGCGUACCAUUAUUAUGGACAUGGGUGUGGAUAGUCAAAAUCUACCGCCGCCGAAUAGUGAAUCUGAGACACUGUACAAUGAGACCAUGACCAUUAUGGAUGCUGCCAUAUUGCCGGCAUUAUCCUAUUUGGAUUGCAAUUGUCCCAUAGCCGAGGAAAUUUGGACGGUUUUGAAAUAUUUCCCCUAUCAUUAUCGCUAUGCUCUUUAUGCCCGCUGGAAAAAUGAUACUUAUCUGUUGCAUCCGCAGUUGAUAAGACGUCGUGGCAAGGCCCAGAAACACAUUAAGGCCAUCAUGAAACGUGUUAGCAAGGAAAAUGUCAAACCCCUGGGACGUCAAAUUGGCAAACUUAGCCAUUGUGCUCCGGGUUUCCUUUUUGAUUAUAUCCUUUUACAAAUCCAAAUCUAUGACAAUUUAAUUGGUCCUGUUGUCGACUCCUUGAAAUACUUAACUUUCCUGUCAUUCGAUUGCUUGGGUUAUUGUUUAAUUGAAGCCCUUACCAUGGCCGAUAGAGAUCGUUUUAAACAUGAUGGCACAUCCAUAUCAUUGUGGCUGCAGAGUUUAGCCUCAUUUUGUGGUGCCAUCUUCAAGAAAUACAACAUCGAACUCAGUGGUCUGUUGCAGUAUGUGGCCAAUCAACUCAAAUCGCAGAAGAGUUUGGACUUGUUGAUCCUCAAAGAAAUUGUCCAAAAAAUGGCUGGUGUCGAGUCUGCCGAGGAGAUGACCAAUGAACAAUUAAAUGCUAUGUGUGGUGGCGAGUUGCUGAGGGGAGAAGCUGGCUAUUUUAGUCAAGUAAGGAACACCAAAAAGUCAUCCCAGCGUCUUAAAGAUGCCUUGGCUAAUCAUGAUUUGGCUGUGACCUUAUGUCUGCUGAUGGCUCAACAAAAACAUUGUGUUAUAUACCGUGAAACGGCUCAAAGCCACUUGAAAUUGGUGGGCAAACUUUAUGAUCAAUGUCAAGACACCUUGGUUCAGUUUGGUACAUUCCUGGGAUCAUCGUAUUCGGUGGAUGAAUAUGUAGAACGUCUACCCUCCAUCAUUGCCAUGCUGCAGGAUUAUCAUAUCAAUUCAGAUGUGGCAUUCUUUUUGGCCAGGCCCAUGUUUACACAUCAAAUAAAUCAAAAAUAUGAUCAACUACGCAAGGCUGAUCCCAAUGCCAAGAAACUAACCAACAAUCAAAAAUUGCAAAAAUAUCUAGAAGCCACCAAUUUAAUUAUGAACCCCAUUGUUGAGUCUGUACGCCCCUUGCAUGGUCUGAAAGUCUGGGAAGACAUAUCGCCUCAAUUCUUUGUGACAUUUUGGUCCCUCAGCAUGUACGAUCUACAGGUUCCCCAUGAUAGCUAUCAAAAGGAAAUUAACAAAUUGAAACAAUUGUCACAAAUGGCAGCGGAUUCCAAGGAUUCGAAUGCCUCAAAAAAUAAAAAAGAACAGGAGCGCUAUAUUGCCCUCAUGGAUAAGCUACAGGAUGAGCGCAAGAAACAGCAAGAGCAUGUGGAUAAAAUCUUACAACGUUUACAGCAGCAGAAGGAUAAUUGGUUUUUGUCACGCUCUGCCAAGUCAGCCAAAAAUGAGACCAUUACACAAUUUUUACAAUUGUGUCUGUUCCCAAGAUGUACUUUCACUGCCCUCGAUGCCUUAUAUUGUGCAAAAUUUGUCCAUACCAUACACAAUUUAAAAGCGGCAAAUUUCUCAACAUUGCUGUGUUAUGAUAGGAUCUUUUGUGAUAUCACAUAUUCGGUAACCUCUUGCACCGAGAAUGAGGCAACACGUUAUGGACGUUUCCUCUGUGCCAUGUUGGAGACAGUAAUGCGUUGGCAUUCGGAUCAGGCCACCUUUAAUCGUGAAUGUGCUAAUUACCCAGGAUUUGUUACGAAGUUUCGUGUUAGCAAUCAAUUUUCCGAAGCCAACGAUCAUGUUGGCUAUGAGAAUUAUCGCCACGUUUGCCAUAAAUGGCAUUAUAAAAUCACCAAAGCCAUUGUGUUCUGUCUGGAUUCCAAGGAGUAUAUGCAAAUACGUAAUGCUUUGAUUAUUCUAAUGCGUAUUUUACCUCACUAUCCGGUAUUGGCAAAAUUGGCACAAAUAAUUGAACGAAAAGUGGAAAAGGUCAGAGAGGAAGAGAAAAAUAAACGGCCGGAUUUGUUUGUCAUAGCUUCAAGUUAUAUUGGUCAAUUGAAAACGAAGGCGGCACAAAUGAUUAAGGAAAGUGAUUUCCAUCAAGUGACAGAGAGGCAGGUUCGGGCAGAAACUGCACAGGCUACCGCAACAACUACGUCGUCAUCUACACCCGCCCCUACUGCUGCAUCAUCGGCCACAAAUACAACACCGACAUCGUCGGCAGCAGCCACCACAACUCCACCGAUAUCGGCUGUCAUCAAUUUAACCGGCAAUGGCAGCAAUACUCCCUCCCUGCCCACAGAGACCAAACAGACCAGCAAUGGGGAAAUAAAAUCUGAUAAACGCGAAAAGGAACGUUCUGAACGUCCUUCGAAAAUUAUCAAACUAAAUUCAAGCUCCGCCACCUCGGAACGUGAGCGGGAACGUGAACGUGGUGAACGCGACACAACCAGCGGACGCAACAUCACCACUGUCAUUGACAUCAGCAAUGAACCGGUCAUGCCAACACCCAUCAUCAUAUCGGAUCGUGACAACGAUCGUCACAGUAGCACCCGUUCCAUUAAGGAUUCCAAAAAGGAUGAACGUACACGUGACCGUGAAAGGGAUCGAGAACAACGCGAUCGAGAACGUGAUCGCGAAUCACAUCGUAGUCAAAUAUUGGAUGAUAUCAUCAUUGAUGCCACUUCAUCAUCAUCAUCGUCUCGUUCGAAACGGGAUAAGAGACGAGAGGAGCGCUAUCGCAAUGAAUCGCCAGUGGAAAUAAUCGAAACAACACCGGUGCCGUUGAGCAGCAGCAGCAAGAAUGACUAUGAUCGUAAUGUUGGCAACGACCGUGAUACACGCGAUCGUGACUAUGAACGCAAUGAACGUGCCCGUGAUCGUGAUUUGAGUUCAGUUUCGAACGAAAGUAUUGGUUCAAUGCAACAGCAACAACGACGUAGUCAAGAUGUUAUAGAAUAUGAAAAAGAUUCAAAACGUCGUAAAGUGGAUGCAUCCUCUUCCAAUUCAAAGAAACAAAAUCUAGACGAUCACAUCGAGCAAUCGAAAAAGGAACGUGGCCUCAAGAGUAAAGAACGCAAGGAGAAACUUACCGAUGAGGAAAAAGAUGCACGCAAAGAACGUAAAUUGGGUCGCAAACGUGAACGUUUAGAGGAGACCAGCACCUCGGAACACAAACGACGAAGAGAUGUGCAAAAUGGCGAUGAUGAUCUACAGCAGCGGGAACGUGAUAAAUAUCAUGCCAGAGAUAAGUCACCGCAUGUACGCGAUACACGUGAACGUUCCCAUGAGAAAUUCGAACGAGACCGUGAGCGAGAACGUGAACGAGAACGCAGCUCUCGUGAUGAGCGUAACUAUGGCGGCGGUAGCAGUGGUGGAGGUGGCGGAGGCAGUGGUGGAGGUGGUGGGGGCGGCAGCAGCAGUAGUACAAACACAAAAUCAACACGAAGUCGUAUUGGAUAUUAGGAAGCUUCGUGAACCAUACACAACACAGAUAUACAUGAUAUUUUAAGGCAUUUUUUCCUCUAUCUCAAGCAUCAUUUGAAACAUUUAUCCUGUUUGUAAGAUGUCCAAAGGAAAACAAAAAGGACCACAAAUGGAAUGGAAAACAACGCACGCAAUUCAGCAUCUUCAAUAAUAAAAACAGCAACAACAACCACACACAAAUGUAGAAAAUCAAGCAGAGAAACCAGAAAAUAAAAUUCUAAAUAACCUCCGAAUAGUUUUAUAAAAAAAGGCAAAUCGCCCACAUUUUUAAACUUGAUACACACAUACAUUUGCAUAGAAAUAUAUCUAAUUGUUUAAGUGAAUUCUAAUUAUUAUUAUAAUUUUUUAAAAGCUAAGUAUUUCUUCUUAAAUGUAAUUUGUAUUUAAAAAGAAAUUGAAAUAGUUUCAUGGUUUAUUAUUUUUUUUUAUAAUUAAUAAUGCAUAACUAAUUUUCUACAAAUAAACAAAAGGAUCUUAAAUUCGGCAUAAUUUUGAAUGUCUGUAUCCCGCACCCAAUAAGUUGGCCAUAAUCUAUACCAAACCAUCGGAAUGAAUUUGUUUUUCAUUCAUUCUCUCCCAUUUUUUUUCGAUGACAACUCAUUUUUUUUAGUUUAACAAAUAAAAUAUUUUCAUAAAGCUAAGUGUAAAGAAAAUUAUAGUUUGUAACAUUGUAUUUUUUAAAUCACUCUAAAUGUUAACAACAACCACAAGAAGAAGAAAAAGAAACAGAAACCAUUUUCUAAAAGCAAAACAACAAAUCAAAGUUAAAAAAAAAAGAAAAGAAAAUUUGAGAAAAAAAAAUAAAAUAUUUUUUUGGUCAUAUCUAAAGUAAAACAAGUAGUAAUAAAGACAAAACAAUAAAGAAGAUGAUGAUGAAGAAGACUUUUAAACAUAAAAUAAUAAAA